CAGAAGCUUUUAAUGCUGCUUGGUAGUAUUGAUUUGAAGCAGAUGAGAUAUAAGUAGUAAUGGACAAUUCACUCUCACCACAUGUACUCUCAUACCAAAGUAGCCAUGAAAACAGAACUACAGUCAUUGCUACUGUUGGCAGUCAUUUCACUCUUGUUUUCAUCACUUGAUGCCCAAACAUACCCAGGAAGAUGGAAACUUUUGAAGAAAAGCAUUGGGAUUUCAGCAAUGCACAUGCAGUUGCUGCCUAAUGACAAGAUCAUCACCUUUGACAGAACUAAUUUUGGCCCCUCCAAUCUUUCUCUGCCUCAAGCAAAAUGCACUGCUGAAUUUCAAAACACUGAUUGCUUUGUUCAUUCUGUGGAGUUUGAUCCUUUCAACCGAAAUAUUCGGCCGCUUACUGUACUUACUGAUACAUGGUGCUCUUCCGGCGGAUUGUCAGAAGACGGCGUGCUUGUCCAGAGCGGUGGCUAUAGGCUUGGAGAACGAGUUGUCAGGACGCUUGAGCCGUGUGACAAUUGUGAUUGGAAAGAGGAUCCGAAAGGACUUCUUUCACCAAGAUGGUACGCUUCCAAUCAAAUUUUACCGGACGGGAAGUUCAUUGUCGUCGGGGGUCGAUAUCAGUUUAAUUACGAAUUCAUCCCGAAAAUGUCGAGUUCUGAUCAAGAGUUAUACAAACUUCCAUUUCUGAAAGAAACUAGAUAUUCUCCGCUUAUUCCAAACAAUCUAUACCCUUUCUUGCACCUCUCUCCUGACGGAAAUCUCUUCAUUUUCGCUAAUGAUAGAGCAAUUCUGCUAGACUAUGUGCACAACAAGGUGGUCAGAGACUAUCCUGUCAUGCCUGGAAACAUUUCGCGCAACUACCCAAGCACUGGGUCCUCGGUUCUGCUUCCGGUGAUACUAGAUAGGAAUUACAGCAUCAUUCCAGAUGCAGAAGUUUUAAUUUGUGGUGGAACAUUGCCAGAUUCAAAUCAAAAAGCGGAUUCAGGAAUUUACGUGGAAGCAACAAAAACCUGCGGCAGGUUAGUAAUAACCAGUGAAAAUCCUAGCUGGGAAAUGGAGGAAAUGCCGCUCAGUAGAAUAAUGGGUGACAUGAUAAUGUUGCCGACAGGUGAAGUGCUGAUUAUAAAUGGUGCAGCUAAAGGAAGUGCUGGCUGGAAUUCAGCGAGAGAGCCAGUUUUAAAUCCAGUUCUGUACAGACCCAAAAAUAGCAACACAAGCAGCAGAUUUGAGAUAAUGAGUGCUUCUCCGAUCCCUCGUUUAUACCAUUCAGCUGCACAUUUGCUAUCAGAUGGGCGUGUCUUGGUCGGCGGAAGCAAUCCAAAUAGAAACUACAACUUCACUGCAAUCUAUCCGACUGAGCUGAGUCUUGAAGCAUUUUAUCCUCCAUACAUAAGCUCAGAUAUUCCGAGGCCAAACAUCACUGCCAUAAAGCCAGCCGUCGAUCUUGUUUACAAGCAGAAAUUUACAAUGGAGUUUCAGUUAAAGAAUCAAGAAAAUCCUGCAAACAUAUUUGUGGCAAUGGUUUCACCAUCUUUCACUACACAUUCUUUUGCGAUGAAUCAAAGGUUGUUGGUUUUGGCUUUGGAAGGUGAUGGUGCACAAAAUGGGGGCGGCGAUAACUAUGUGGUUACUGUUAAUGCACCGGCAACCGCCGCAAUAGCACCUCCGGGAUAUUAUCAGUUUUUUGUGGUCCAUGAAGGUGUUCCUAGUAGAGGAACGUGGGCCCAUAUCAAGUAGUAGGGGUAGUUGUUGUUCUUGAAUUAAGAAUUUAUGAGAAUAGAUUUGUGGUCUUAAUUUUCAAGAAUUGAUGAAAAAAGAUUCUUGUUCAAUUGGUAAUUAUGAGAUGGUCUGAAUUGUGAAAAUGGUCAUUAUUAAUCAUUUCGUGUCAUUACAAC